CAGACAGGGAGAAAGAAGAAGACAAGUGUCUUGUCCAAGGCUUCCAGCAAGGGGACACGGGUUCGAUCCCUGGUCCUGGAAGAUCCCACAUGCCGCGGAGCAACUAAGCCCGUGCACCACAACUACUGAGCCUGUGCUCUAGAGCCCGCGUGCUGCAACUACUGAGCCCACGCACUGCAACUACUGAAGCCCACGCAACUAGAGCCUGUGCUCUGCAAUGGGAAGGCCACCGCAAUGAGAAGCCCUUGCACUGCAACAAAGAGUCGCCCCCGCUCACUACAACUAGAGAAAGCCCGCGCACAGCAAUGAAGACCCGAUGCAGCCAAAAGUAAAUAAUUACACGUAACUAGGAAUGACUCUUGGUCAGAAGACUUGAGUCACCAAGCUGCCGUGCCUACUGACUGUGUGCGGCUGAGGUGGUGCUGCCCAAGUCAGGGAGAGUGUGAGUUGCUGCUAAAAGGGCAGAAGAGGUGGCCCUUUAGCUUCUCAUCCAGGGUGCCUGUCUCGCCCACCUAUCCACGAGAAGAUACGGGUGAUUUCAGUAGGCCUGGAUAAGCUGGUUACCUCUGAGUCCACUCAUCAGCUGGAGUUCCAGUCUCAGACUAGAUUUCUUCAUCAGUGACUUCAGAAAACACAUUCAGGGGCUCCCCUGGUGAUGCAGUGGUUAAGAAUCUGCCUGCCAAUGCAGGGGACACGGGUUCGAGCCCUGGUCUGGGAAGAUCCCACAUGCCACAGAGCAGCUAAGCCCGUGCACCACAACUACUGAGGCUGUGCUCUAGAGCCUGCGAGCCACAACUACUGAGCCUAUGAGCUACAACUACUGAGCCCACGUGCCACAACUACUGAACACCUAGAGCCUGUGCUCCGCAACAAGAGAAGCCACCGCAAUGGGAAGCCUGCGCAUUGCAAUGAAGAGUAGCCCCCGCUCGCCACAACUAGAGAAAGCCCGCAUGCACCAAUGAAGACCCAACGCAGCCAAAAAUAAAUACAUAAAUUAAUUAAUUAAAAAAAAAAGAAAACAUUCAGCUGUGGUUGGCUGUGCUGAUACUGUACACCAAGAACAACUGGUCUCUUCUUGACUGCUUCCAGCUAGCCAUCUUUCCUCACCCCUCCAAGCAUCGUGAAAGAAUUUUUUACAUUCUUAAUCUCUUCUUCAUUUCUCCCCAGAAGUGUGCUUUGGAGCUUAAGGAGCGGAAGCAUAGUAUUGUAUCCUUGGGAUUCCUGGAAAUAGAAUCCCACUAGGCUCAGCUACUUGAGUGAGCAUAAGGAUCCCUGAGGUAUAUUCACACAGCACACAUUUACCGAGGGCCUCCUAUAUGGCCCGGAGGGAUUAGGCACACUGAUGAAUUGGGGCGGGUGGAAACAGAGAUGGAGAACUGAUUCAGGCUCUCUCUGAGCAGCUGCUCCAGGAGGCCACUGUCAGGGUGUGGGCAGGAGCCCAGAAGGCAUCAGGGGGCAUAUGACCAAAGGAGGCAGUAGGAGGAGCUUGAUCCCUGAGGGAGAGAAUAUAGAAUAAGACGGUGAGGCCAAGGUUUGAAGCCUGGGGACAUUAAUCAAAGUGUUUCUUAAAGCUUUGCUGUUGAUGAUUUUAAGUGGAGAGAUUGAUAAGAUGUUAUUUCCCAGUUCAGUAUACCGCUUGCCUACAAGAGUAUUUUUCUGUGUGAGAUGGUCAUAUACACUUGUUUCAGAACACCUUGGGGCAGUGGAGGUGGUGAGGUGGUUACCUCCUUUUAUUAUGGCCCAAGGGAUUAAGUUUCCAGGAAUUUGACCAAUUUGGCCAACUAAACAUUUAAUUCAACACAGGGCUACCCAGAAGCCUCUGUCUUGAUUUGCCUUGGAAGUCAAAGGGGCUAGGAGAAGGAGAACGAGAGAAUAUAUUAAUCCCCAAAAUUGAACAGAGCAAAAAUCCCUAUUGCUCUUGUACCUAAAACAUCUCUACCCCAAGGCUCGUCCCUUACACUCUCUUUAGGUGGUUCAUAUGUGCACAUUCUGUGUCCCCAAUUAGCCAGUGCUGGGCAUGGAUAACCUCUGCUCCUCCUGUUUCUUGUGUUCCAGCCCCAAAACCAUCAAAAUCUUUCCUUGUCCUUCCAGGUGUCUCCAGUGCUGUGCCCUGGCUGUGUGCGCUUGCUCUUAGAAGCCCAGAGAAUUUUGCUUUCCCCUCUUCCAUGACCCUUAACCUGUUCUAACACAUUAUUAAUGGCCUCUGGCUGUCAGUUGGGAGCACUUCCUGAAGGAGGGGCUUUUGUCUGGCCUGUCUCUCAGCUUUAGCCCGGAGCGUCACAAUUGCAGGGUGCUCGUGACUCUUUUGCUGAACAGAGGUGCUCGGUCUCCUUGGCAAGAGAGGAUCUGUGGGUAGACCAAUGGGGAGCUCUCCCCUCCAGGGGCCUGCCGGCUAGUAACAUACCAGAAUGUCCAAGAGUGACUUCAUAAAGCAACGAUGCCCUCUGUGGACCCUUCUCUGAGGCCUCUUGGAAUCUAGAUGCUGAGGAGAUUCCUAAGCAGAGAUUUUCUGUUGGAUGGUAAAAGCAAGGAAUAAAAAUUGAAAAUUUGGAAAAUGUCUCAACACUUUUAUCACCAGAACCACACAAGAGUCAUUUCUAGCUCACUGUUGGAGAAUGUGUCGCUGCUGUUCUAUGAGACAUUAUGGAAAUUUCAGAGGAAAGAUACUCAGUGUCAGGCAUUUGUGAAGAGAGUUAUAAUGAGUCGUCUCUUUAAGAUAAUUAUGAUUAGCACCGUCUCAACGAAUGCCUUUUUUAUGGUCUUGUGGACUGAUUAUAAAACAAGAUACAACUUGUUCAGACUUUUUGAGGUCUCAGAGCUCAUCUUUGUGUCCAUCUAUAGCUCCGAGUUCUGCAUGAAGCUCUACGUGGACCCCAUCAACUACUGGAAGGAUGGCUACAACCUGCUAGAUGUGAUCAUUAUCAUCAUCAUCUUCAUCCCCUACAGCCUCCGCAAGAUCAAGGGCAAGCACUACCCCUACCUCAACAUCGCCGAUGGCGUACAGUCCCUGCGCAUUCUCAAGCUUAUCACCUAUAGCCGCGGCAUCCGGACGCUCAUCACCGCUGUGGGGCAGACAGCCUACACCGUGGCCUCUGUGCUCAUCCUGCUCUUCGUCCUGAUGUACAUCUUCGCUGUCCUGGGCUUCUGCCUAUUUGGAGUUCCAGAGAGGGCUGACCUGAAUAACUGGGGGAACCUGGCUCUGGCCUUCUUUACCCUCUUCAGCUUGGCCACGGUCGAUGGCUGGACAGACCUGCAGCAGCAGCUGGAUGCCCGGAAUUUUAUUCUGAGCCGUUCGUUCACCAUCAUCUUCAUCUUGCUUGCCUCCUUCGUCUUCCUUAGCAUGUUCGUGGGUGUGAUGAUCAUUCACACUGAGGACUCUGUCAAAAAGUUUGAGCGGGAGCUGAUGCUAGAGAGACACAUGACACUCAUGGAAGAGAAGCAUGUGAUUUUGAAGCGGCAACAGGAGGAGGUCAGCAAGCUGAUGCAGACACAGAAGAACGUUGACCACAAAAGUUUCACUGAGCUGGUGGAGAAGUUUAAGAAGACCCUGCGGCACACUGACCCCAUGGUCUUGGAUGAUUUUGGCACGAGCCUACCCUUCAUUGAUGUCUACUUGUCCACUGUGGACAACCAGGAUGCUACCAUCUACAAGCUUCAGGAGCUGUACUACGAGAUCGUGCACGUGCUGAGCCUGAUGCUUGAAGACUUGCCCCAGAAGAAGCAGUCCCAGUCCUUGGAGAAGGUCGAGGAGAAGUAGCUGGAUGUGGGCACCCAGGCACUGAGGGCCUCGCAG